AUGGACGCUCCCUCUAACUCUGCCUCCUCCUCCUCCUCCUCUGCCCCCCCGGCCGACGGGCAGGAUGCCAGGGCUGCGGGCUGGCCACCUCAGGACCCCUCCGCCCCUCCAGCCACCAAAGAACCCUCCCUGCCGGACCCCCCCUCCGCCUCCCCUUCCCCUGCUGAGACCAUGAGGCCCAGCCCCGUCCCCCAGCCGGAACCAGGUCCCGCCAAUCUCCCAGCGGCCAUCUUGUCCGCCCCACAACUCCAGGCAGGCUUCGGCCUAGUAGCACCAAGCCCGUCCCUCCUCCAUCCCUCUGCCCCCAGGGAAGAUGCCAAGGAGGAGGAGGAAGAAGGCAAUGAUGAUGAUGAAGAGGAUGCGGAAGAUGGUGGCAGCACAGCCCAUCUGCUCUUCUUCCCUGAUGGCUCAGCCUAUCUCCUCAGCGGCGGCCAUGUUCUCUUACCAAAGGGCUACCCUGGCGCCACGGCAACCCUGCCGGUGUCCACCCUCCACGUCCAAGAUGGCGGCCCCAACCAAGGCUUUACGUCUACUGACCAAAUGUCCCAGAAUACCUCAGCGCCGGGCGAGCAGCCCCCAUCCGGCGCCUUCCGCAGCUACCGACUAGCCAGGGCCUCUGCUCCCACCACCUCUGCCAAAAACUCUCCCACCGAACCCAAAGAUGCCGUCACCGACGGGGAGGGGGAAGCCAAAGUUGGCCAAGAGGAAGAACCAUCAUGGCCACCGUGGCUGUGCUUGGCCUGCCGUCUCUCCUUCCGACAGAGCCGCUCCUUGGCAUCCCACGCCCUCUCAGCCCAUGGGGUGCGGCUCAGCCCCGGGGAGCGCCGGGCCCUGUCCCAAGGAGUCCCCGCCAUGCUCCAGGGCACUGCCCUCAGCUUCCUAGAACCAAAUAACCCCACCAGCGGGGUGGACCUCAGCGCCGGAAUGUGUAGUGGAUGGGUGAAUGUAAUGAAGGAGGAGGAGGAGGAGGAGAGAAGCCCCCAAGAAGGACGCAAGCCACCCAAUGCCAAAGAUUCAAGGGCCGGCGGCGUGGACUGGGCCAACGAGGGAGAGGAGGAGGAGCAACAGGAGGAGAAGGCUGAAGGCAGGAAGGAAGAAGAGGAUGGGCUGAGGCUUCUGCCGGACCAAAGCUCACACGGCCAAAGCCCACCCAGAGGCACCAACGUCCCGGAUGACCCACCGCCAGGGAAGGCCAACACCGAGCUCAAUGAGUCCAACAGUGAGUCCAAUGUUGGGUUGGCCAACAGCGGGGUCAACCCCAACACUGGAGGGGUCCCUCUUGGCUUUGGGGAUGAUUACACGGCCAUGGCCUAUCCUGGGCUCAGUCUCUCUGGCCACAUGUCUCUGCUGCAUUCCCGCAACUCCUGCAAAACCCUCAAGUGCCCCAAAUGCAACUGGCACUACAAGUACCAGCAGACCCUGGAUGUCCACAUGAAGGAGAAGCAUCCUGAGAGCAACAGCCACUGCGCCUACUGCAGUGCCGGAGGCCCCCACCCGCGCCUGGCCCGGGGUGAGAGCUACAACUGUGGCUAUAAGCCGUACCGCUGUGAGGCUUGCAACUACUCCACCACCACCAAGGGGAACCUCAGCAUCCACAUGCAGUCGGACAAGCAUCUAGCCAACCUUCAGGGUUUCCAGGCCAACACGAGCGGCGGGGCCCAGCCAGUGCCCCCAGCCACCCCCACAGCCCCGACCCCGGUGGCCCCUGAGGAGAAAGAGACCAAAAGCAAGACAUCCUGGCAGUGCAAAGUCUGCAGCUAUGAGACCGGCAUCUCCCGCAACCUUCGCAUCCACAUGACAUCGGAAAAGCACAUGCAGAAUGUGCUUCUCCUCCACCAAGGGCUGCCAUUGGCCUUGCCCGGGCUCCUGGGACAGCCGGGGGGCAGCAGUGGGGGGAAACAGCAGCCACAGACCGAGCUCUUCCAGUUCUAUGGGGUGCAGGCUCUGGGUCACCACCACGGCCACCACCAUGCAGGAGCCACCGGCGCCAUCCCGGGACUGCGGGUGGAGAAGCCCAUGGAACCAGCACAGCUGCUGCUCAAUGGCUUCCACCCACUGGGUCCCGCUGGGAGGAAGGGGGCGGUUUCAGCACCAGGUAAGGGGCUGCGGCCCUUUGCCUCACACCAUGUCUUCACAUCUUCCACUGCCACCACCAUCACCGCCAGUGACCUUCUGCCCACACUGUGCCCCCCAUUCCCCACAGUACGGCUCUUCGGCUGCCUGGUGUGCCAGCGCUUCGGCACGGACAGUGUGGAGGAGCUACUUCGCCACUCCACCGCUCCGCGCCGGCUGCCCGAGGCUGAGUGGAAGGAGGUGGCGGGGGAUCUCCACCGCUGCCGGCUCUGCGCCUACGGCACCCAGCUCAAGGCCAACUUCCAGCUGCACCUCAAGACCGACAAGCACGCCCACAAGUACCAGCUGGCCGCCCACCUGCGCGAGGGGGGCGGGGCCUUGCCCACCGCCACCCCCGCAGGGGCUGAGCUGCAGCCUGGCCCCGCCCCCGCCCCGCCCCCCCUCCACCUGCGCUGCAAUCUCUGCGACUACGAGACCAACAGCAAGGAGAAGAUGCGGCUGCACGUGCGGGGGGCAGGGCACGAGGAGGGCGAGCGAAGCUACAAGUUCCUGCUGGAGUUGGAGGCGUCGGCACUGGGUCCCGACCCCCCCCACUUCCACUGCCUGCUCUGCAACACCACCGCUCCUUCCUGCCUCGCCAUGUUGUGCCACCUGCGGGCCCCCCGGCACCGUGACGCCCACGGCCAGCACCGCCUCCACCUGCUGCAGGGCGGGCGACCCACAGACGAGGGCACCAUGGCCCUGGAGAGAUGCAUCCGCCUGGCCGAGCCCGUGCCACGGAGCACCGGGAAGGAAUCAGCCUCUGAGCCCAGGACCCCCGAGAAAGAGACUCUGAACAAAGCCCCGCCCCCAGGACUGGACGAGACCGAGACGAAGAGCCGAGCAGCCGGGGAAACCCAGACCACGGUGUUCUGCUGCCCGUACUGCAGCUACGUGAGCCGGGCGCCGGCGGGGGUGCGCAGCCACGCCGUGUCCCAGCAUGCCCUGCAGCCGACCUACCGCUGCCCGCUGUGCCAGGAGGAGCAGCUGGUGGGCAGAGGCAGCCUGCGCGUCCACCUCAGUCACAUCCACAACGUGGUGCCUGAAUGCGUGGAGAAGCUGCUGCUUGUGGCCACCACUGUGGAGAUGAACUUUGCCACCAAAGUCCUACCCAGCCCCAGUCCUGCCCCUGAGCCCCCAGAGGCAGGAGCAGCCCCCAACCCUGAGUGCGGGGGGGAGUGUGAAUUGGCACCCACAGCUCCGAAGGCCGAGGACCCGGAGGAGGAAGCCGCUGUCCAGCUUCCGGCCCCCUCUGAAGAGCAGCAGCGCCCCCCCGAGACCUCACCGGCCCUGCAGGACCCGCGGCACCCCCUGUCCUACCGGAAAGCCACCAACUUCGCCCUGGACAAGUUCUUGGAUCCGUCGCGGCCCUACAAGUGCACGGUGUGCAAAGAGUCCUUCACCCAGAAGAACAUCCUGCUGGUCCACUACAACUCUGUCUCCCACCUCCACAAGAUGAAGAAGGCUUCAUCCGACCCCACCGCCCCAUCCCGGGGCGACUCGGGGGCCCCCGGUGCCCCCCAACCCUCCUCCGACAAGCCCUACAAAUGCACCACGUGCCGGGUGUCCUACAACCAGAGCUCCACCCUCGAGAUCCACAUGCGCUCGGUGCUCCACCAGACCCGCUCCCGGGUGGCCAAGGCGGAGGCCGCCAGCAAAGGAGAGGCGCCGGAGGCAGGGGAGGUGGGGGAGGCAGCCCCGGUGCCCCCCACCGAAGCCGAACCCCCCAAGAUCCUGGAGGUGCCGACGGCGCUGCCCUUCCCAGCACCGCUCUUCUCCCCGCCGCUGCUGCCGCCGUUCCCAGUUGUGCCGGAAUCGCUCCUCAAGCUGCAACAGCAGCAGCUCCUCCUGCCCUUCUACCUGCACGACCUCAAGGGAGCGCCCAAGCUCGCUCUGGCAGCGCCGGCCCUGGCCCUGCCGGCCCCGUCCGCCCCGCUGAUCCUGGCUCCGCCCAAGGAGCCGCCCCCUCCACCGCCACCCCCGCCACCUGCCCCAGCCAAACCGGAGACGGAGGAGGACGCUGGCGGAGAGGAAGCCAACGUGGCCUCCCACCCGGCGGCCAAGGCUCUGCUGGAGAACUUCGGCUUUGAGCUGGUGAUCCAGUACAACGAGGGCAAGCAGGGGGUGGGGGGCGCGGCUCCCCCUCCGGUGGCCCCGCUGCCCCGCCCCCCAGCCGAGAAGCUGCGGUGCGGCACGUGCGGGAAGGUCUUCUCCAACAUGCUCAUCCUGAAGACGCACGAGGAACAUGUUCACCGGCGCUUCCUGCCCUUCGAGGCCCUCAGCCGCUAUGCCGCCCAGUUUCGGAAGACCUACGACAGCAUGUACCCGCCGACCGAGGGCACUGCCCCCACGGAGACACCCCUGGUGCCCCCGGGCAUCACCCCUCUCUGCCCUCCCUUCCUGAUGCAGCCAGUGCCGGUGGUGGUGCCCCCGGCACUGCCCGAAGCUGAAGGGCGGUGGGUCCGGGGUGAGGAAGAGGAAGCAGGGACAGACCCAUCCCGGGACGGUCAGUCGAGCCGGCGGUUCUCCCGCACCAAAUUCACCGAGUUCCAAUCGCAGGCUCUCCAGUCCUUCUUUGAAGCCAGCGCCUACCCCAAGGAUGGCGAGGUGGAGCGUCUCUCCGUCCUCCUGGGCUUGGCCAACCGGGUCAUCGUGGUGUGGUUCCAGAAUGCCCGGCAGAAGGCCCGGAAGAAUGGCGCCGAGGCUGGGGGUGCCGGAGGGGGCACCGUCACCAGCCAACCCAGCUGUAAGAAAUGCCAAGCCGCCUUCUGGUGCAUCUUCGACCUGGUGCGGCAUCUCAAGAAAUGCUAUGACGACCGGCCCUCAGCGGAAGGCAAUGAGGAGGAGGAGGAAGAAGGAGAGGAAGAGCCGGAGGAAGAGGAGCCGGAGGAAGAGCCUGAGCCACCAGCUGAGGAAGAGGAGGAGGAAGAGGAGGAAGAGGCACCAAGGGGCGAUGGAGACCCCAAGGAAGAUCAGCCAGUGAGUGAUGGAGCCAUGGAGCCCCUGGAGAGCAACGCCCCCACAUUCUCCUCCGAUCCACCAGGAGUCCAUGGCUCAGCACUCCUGGCCCCUCAUGACCCGCUGCCGGAGCUGCCCCACAGCCAGGGGGCGCCCAUGAAGAGGAAGCACGAGGACGGGAGCCAGUCGCCGGGCGGCGGGAGCGGCGGCGAAGGGGAACCUCCGCGAGACAAGCGUCUCCGCACCACCAUCCUCCCGGAGCAGCUGGACAUCCUCUACCGCUGGUACGUGCAGGACUCAAACCCCACCCGCAAGAUGCUGGACUGUAUCUCGGAGGAGGUGGGGCUCAAGAAACGGGUGGUGCAGGUGUGGUUCCAAAACACCCGCGCCAGGGAACGCAAGGGGCAAUUCCGGUGCAGCGCCAGCACCGGGAUCCCCCCCAUCAAGACCUCCCCAUCCUCUUCCUUGGCCAAGUUGAGUCCUGGUGGCGGGAUGGCCAACGUCUCCGUUGGUGGGACCUCAAUGUCUCUGGCGGUGGGAUGGCCAACGUCUCUGGUGGCGGGACCUCCAGUGUCUCCAGCGGCGGGAUGGCCAAUAUCUCUGGUGGCGGGACCUCCAGUGUCUCCGCCAGAGCCGUCAGAGUUGAACGAAGCACGGAGCCCAUCCGGCGGCGAUCUGAGUGAUUCUUCUUCCUCCUCUUCCUCCUCCUUGGCCGAUCCGGAGUCGCCAGGCGGGCAUGGGCUGGCGUCGGAGGGGGCGUCCGGGCUGGAUCUGCUGGGCCAGCGCCGCUACCGGACCCAGAUGUCCAGCCUGCAGCUGAAGAUCAUGAAGGCGUGUUACGAGGCUUACCGAACACCCACCAUGCAGGAGUGCGAGGUGCUGGGUGAGGAGAUCGGCCUGCCCAAAAGGGUCAUCCAGGUCUGGUUCCAGAAUGCCCGGGCCAAAGAGAAGAAGGCCAAGGCGGCCUUGGGCGAGGGGGGCCCUGGGGCUCCCUCCGAGGGCCCCCCUGAGCCUCGGGCUGAGUGCCCCGUCUGCCAAGUCAAGUACGACUUCUACGUCUCCUGCCGUGGCCACCUGUUCUCCCGUGGCCACCUGGCCCGGCUCAAGGAAGCCGUGCAGGCCCAGCUGCGCAGCGAGGGUCAUGAUGGAGCGCCAGGGCCCCCGCUCCUGCCCGUCCCCCCUGGAGCGCCCCCGGCAGCCGGUGCCGCAGGCCCCUCCGCCGCCCCCAGCACCGGACUCCUGGGUUCCACGCCGCCAGGACGUCCCUUACCUCAGAGCCAGCUCGGCUUGGCGCCGGAGCCCGCCGGGGAGACCCAGCCGGAGCCGGGAGCCGCCGGAGUGUCGGUCGCUGGAGCCACCAGAGUGUCCGUCGCCGGAGCCGCCAGACUUCCCAGCACCGUGCCCAACCCCACCUCGCCCACCCUAAAGACCCUGAAGGGUUUGAAGCCGACGGUGCCCGCCCUCCUGGGCACCCAGUUCCUGCCCUUCUCCGUGCCAGCGGGCGCCCCAGCCUCCCUGUUCAGCGCCCCGCUGCCCGGCGGCUACUUCCAGCAGCUGUACGGCAUGAAGAAGGGGCUGUUCCCCAUGAAUCCCGUCAUACCUCAGACCCUCAUCAGCCUGCUGCCCGCCCCCGAGGCCCCCGAGCCGGCCGGGGUCUCCACGGUGGACGUGGCCCACCGCUACUUGUGCCGCCAGUGCAAGGCGGCAUUCGAGGGGGAGGAGGCGGCCGCGGCCCACCAGGCCGGCUUCUGUUACUACGGCCAGCCGGCGCCGGCGCCGCUGCGGGUGCCCGUCUGCACCUACCACUGCCUGGCAUGCGAGGUGCUGGUAAGCGGGCGGGAGGCGCUGGGGGCCCACCUCCGCUCCAGCGCCCACCGCCGCAAGGCCAGCCCCGCCCCCGCCGCCAGCCCCGGCCCUGGCCCCGCCCUGGCCUUUGCCAAAGAGGAAGCAAAGUUACCUCACUCGGACCCCAGCCCAAAAAGCAACUCUACCUCGACCACGCUUCUAGCUUUAUGA